AUGACUUCGAGAAAAGCCACUGUCCUCCUCGGCCUGCUUCUCUCAUGUGUUGCCAUGAGCGGCGCUGUGAGGACCUUGCAGGAGGAGACCGCUCCGACCAAGGGCGAGGAGCACAAGCCCGAGCUGCCACCACUCCCCAAGGUCGAGCUUCCUCCGUUCCCGGAGGUGCACCUGCCACCUAAGCCCGAGCUGCCCAAGGUGGAGCUGCCGCCGUUCCCGGAGGUGCACCUGCCACCCAAGCCCGAGCUGCCCACGGUUGAGCUGCCGCCGUUCCCGGAGGUGGAGCUGCCACCGAAGCCCGAGAUGCCCACCAUCCCCGAAUUCCACUUCCCGAAGCCAGAGGCUAAACCAUGA